AUGGAAAGAGUCAACCAAACCAGCAGUGUCUCUGAGUUCAUCCUUGUGGGACUUUCCGCCAGGCCCGAGGACCAAACUCCACUCUUCGUCCUCUUCCUUACCAUUUACCUGGUCACCAUCACAGGGAACCUGCUCAUUGUCCUGGCUAUCCACUCUGACCCCCAGCUGCAGACUCCCAUGUAUUUCUUCUUGAGUUUCCUGUCUUUCACGGACAUUUGGUUCACAACAACCAUCGUCCCCAAGAUGCUGGUGAACUUCCUGUCAGAAAGGAAGACCAUCUCCUAUGCGGGCUGUCUGACUCAAAUGUACUUCAUUUAUGCCUUCGGCAACAGCGACAGCUGCCUUCUGGCAGUCAUGGCCUUUGACCGCUAUGUGGCCAUCUGCGACCCCUUCCACUACGUUACCACCAUGAGCCACCGCCGCUGUGUCCUGCUGGUGGCCUUCUCCUGUUCACUCCCACACCUCCACUCACUCCUGCACUCACUUCUGCUCUUAAAACUUAUGAGGCCUGAGAACCAGAGUAAUGGAUUCGAAUUCCUCCUCCUGGGGCUCCCCAUCCGACCAGAGCAGCAGGGAGUGAUCUUUGCCCUGUUCCUGGGCAUGUACCUGACCACGGUGCUGGGGAACCUGCUCAUCAUCCUGCUCAUCAGGCUGGACUCCCGCCUCCACACCCCCAUGUACUUCUUCCUCAGCCACUUGGCCUUCACUGACAUCGCCUUCUCGUCAGUCACUGUGCCAAAGAUGCUGCUGAACAUGCACACCCAACACCUCGCCAUCCCCUAUAAGGGCUGCAUUUCACAGACAUAUUUUUUCAUAUUCUUUGCUGACUUGGAUAGUUUCCUUAUCACUUCUAUGGCCUAUGACCGGUAUGUGGCCAUCUGUCACCCUCUGCAUUAUACAACCAUCAUGAGUCAGAGCCUUUGUAUCAUGCUCGUAGCUGGGUCCUGGGUCAUUGCUUAUGCAUGUGCUCUUCUGCAUACCCUCCUUCUGGCCCGGCUUUCCUUCUGCGAUCACCACAUUAUCCCCCACUUUUUCUGUGACCUUGGUGUGCUACUCAAAUUGUCUUGCUCAGACACCUCCCUCAACCAGCUGGUAAUCUUCACUGCAGGAUUGACAGCCAUUCUACUUCCGUUUCUAUGCGUUCUGGCUUCUUAUGUGCGUAUUGGGAUCGCCAUCCUCCGGGUUCCAUCCACCCAGGGCGUCUGUAAAGCCUUGUCCACCUGUGGAUCCCACCUCUCAGUGGUGACUCUCUAUUAUGGCACAAUUAUUGGUCUCUACUUUCUUCCCUCAUCCAGCAACACCAAUGACAACAUAAUUGCUUCCGUGAUAUACACAGUGGUCACGCCCAUGUUGAACCCCUUCAUUUAUAGCCUGAGAAAUAAAGACAUGAAAGGGGCUUUAAGAAAACUCUUGAGAAAUAAAAGCCAUCCUCCCAAAUGA